CUAAGCACUUUGUGGCAGUAGUUGCAUCUGAUACAUCUUGUAGAUAUGUAACUGUGAAGGCUCUUGUGGAUAUAUAAGCAGCGACCAAAGACCAAUUUCCCAACACAGAUCAAGCAUCGGCACUCAGCAGCUACAAUAACAAGCAACUUUGAUUCCCAUCUUCAACAUGUUCAACACCUGCACCUCUCUUCUUGCACUCGUCGCUCUGGCAACAUUUUCUCCGUUUGCCCAAGCGAUCCCUGCCCCUGAGCCUAUCAGUGUUCCGUCAGUCCAGGAUCCUGCUGUGCUCCCGGCCAGCACUGGUCCUUCUCACCAGCCCGAACUUACUCGUCGCCAGUACGGAUGCGGUUUUUGUGGAGGGUACGGCUGUGGUAUCUGCGGCGGCUACGGUGGAUAUGGUGGAUAUGGUGGCUAUGGCGGAUAUGGUGGCUAUGGCGGAUAUGGUAGAUAUGGCGGAUAUGGCGGUUGGGGAUUCCCGUUUGUGAGCUCAUUCAACAGCGACUUCGAUCGUGCCACCAACCGUGCCAACUUUAACGAGAACACGAUGUAUUCUAACAACAUCAACGCCAACCAGGCCAACGACGCUGUCCAUUCCAACACUAACAACCUUGUCUCCGGCUAAUUCCAGAAACACAUUCACUAGUCACCCUUCAGAGGAUUUGCUCAUGGCUAGAUAUCGCAAAUACACUCUGUAGCUAUGAAUACAUUCGUAAACCCUAUCUGUAUCGGCAUGAUGUGUGCAUUUUGAGUCAGCUAUUUUUACCACCUUUGAUUGAUGAGUGUCCCAUUUAAUAUAUCAAAUGAGCACAAAAUACC